GCUAUCGAUUUUUAUAGCAACUGCCUAUCGUUACUAGAUAUUUACAACAGUUUCUUAACCAACACUGUCGUUAUAUCAUUGUUUUGUUUAUCAGAUUCCUAAAAUGUUGCGGCAAAUUCUGUUUUCCAAUGUGGGCCGUCGCCUGGCGCUACCCAUGAUCGCCUCAAAUCGCUCUGCCAGCAAUUUGGGCAAAACUGAGUACACAACACCCGGGGAAAUUGUGGACUACGAUGAUCCGCCCCAUUUGCCAGUUCCGGAAUAUCCUGUGCGUCCUGAUGAGCCCCUCGAAACACGCAAGCAGCGCCUCUUGUAUCAGAGCCGAAAACGUGGAAUGCUGGAAAACGAUCUUCUGCUGAGCACCUUUGUGGCCAAACACCUGAGGGAUUUCAAUGCCGCACAGACCGCCGAAUACGAUCAGUUGAUCAACGGGGUCAGCAACGAUUGGGACAUAUUCUAUUGGGCCACCGAAACCAAGCCUACGCCGCCGCAAUUCGACAAUGAGAUAAUGCGACUUCUUAAGGAGCACGUCAAGAACCACGAAAGGGUGCAAAGGAUCAGGCAGCCCGAUCUAUAGAGCCAGAAACCUUAAGUGUUGAUAUAAAUAUCAGCUAUAUAUCCCACAUUAGAAGAAAGCGUAUUAGGUGAUGCAUUUCUGAACCAAUGUAUUUUUGAAGGGCUUUUUAUAUAUUAAGAUAUCUCUUUCAAAAAUGAAUUUGUAACUUGACGAUUUGGCAUUUGAAAUACAGAACAUUCUUUAUUUGUUAUUAAAAAAGCUUUUCUUGAACUUUCUGUUUUGUCAUGAUCACAGCUUUUAUUAUAAAAGACAUAUUGUUGCACAUGAAUUAAAAAAUAAGCAAAUGCUUGAUGAUGAAACAACAUAUCUAACUUAGAAAACAUCAAAUUAAAACAUUUACCUCUUCCAAUUUCAAAAAUUCAUUAGCUGCUUCAUUAUCCAUUUCCCAUUUAAAACACAACUCCGCUUUCCUGAAAUACACAUCCAUACAAUAUAUUUAAACGAUUAUCCAGUUAAAUUGUAUUCAUGCUUUGCCGUAUGUGUGUAUGACCGAUCUUGUAUAUGUAGAUUAAAUUGUAAUUUGCUUAGUCACUAUAGCGAAAUAUUACACUUAAAAUGUU